UUUCAAACACUACCAAUUAUUAUAAAACUGUUUAACUUAAUUGGAUGCACCAACUUUGACAGGUGUUAAUUCACUUCAAUAUUCAACCAAAAAAAAAAAAGGGUUAAAACGCAAAGCAACUUAAUUCAUUUGUUAUAAAUUGGAGGAGCCAAAGAUAGUGAGACUCACAAAACUUUCAUCUCUAAGAAUGGAAAUUCAAAAGGAGUUUGAUUUAACGGUAGUUCCAACAGAAGGUGAAAUUGAUGCACCAUUAUCGCCAAGGAAGAAUUUAUGUCUCAGUGUGGUGGAAUCCGAUAUAAAAAAUGAAACGUCUUUUCAAAAACUUGACAUGAUUUUGACUCAAUAUUUAGAGACAUUGUCAAAACGGAAGAAGUAUCAUAUAGGUUAUCCAACAAACAUGCAUUAUGAGCAUCAUGCCACUUUAGCCCCACUUUUGCAAUUUCAUUUGAACAAUUUUGGAGACCCCUUUGCUCAGCACCCUACAGAUUUUCAUUCAAAAGAUUUUGAAGUGGCUGUAUUAGAUUGGUUUGCACAACUCUGGGAAAUAGAGAAAGAUGAAUAUUGGGGAUACAUUACUAGUGGUGGCACUGAGGGCAAUCUCCAUGGCCUUUUGGUUGGAAGAGAGCUACUUCCAAGUGGGAUAUUAUAUGCAUCAAAAGAUUCACAUUACUCAAUUUUCAAAGCAGCAAGAAUGUAUCGAAUGGAGCUACAAACUAUCAACACUUUAGUUAAUGGGGAAAUUGAUUAUGAAGAUUUACAAUCAAAGUUACUUGUCAACAAGAACAAACCAGCUAUCAUCAAUAUCAAUAUUGGAACAACCUUCAAAGGAGCUAUUGAUGACCUCGAUUUCGUCAUACAAACACUUGAAAAUUGUGGUUAUUCAAAUGACAAUUAUUAUAUCCAUUGCGAUGCAGCAUUAUGUGGGCUAAUUCUCCCAUUUAUCAAACAUGCAAAAAAAAUUACCUUCAAGAAGCCAAUUGGUAGUAUUUCAAUUUCAGGGCACAAAUUCUUGGGAUGUCCAAUGCCUUGUGGCAUUCAGAUAACAAGGAAAACUUAUGUUAGUACCCACUCAAAAAUUGAGUAUAUUAAUUCCACAGAUGCUACAAUUUCUGGUAGUCGAAAUGGAUUUACACCAAUAUUCUUAUGGUACUGUUUAAGCAAGAAAGGACAUGCUAGAUUGCAACAAGAUUCCAUAACAUGCAUUGAAAAUGCUCGGUAUUUGAAAGAUCGACUUCUUGAAGCAGGAAUUAGUGUUAUGCUGAAUGAGUUUAGUAUUACUGUUAUUUUUGAACGAUCUUGUGACCAUAAAUUCAUUCAUCGUUGGAACUUGUGUUACUUAAGAGGCAUGGCACAUGUUGUGGUUAUGCCAGGUAUUACAAGAGAAACUAUAGACAGUUUCUUCAAAGAUCUAAUGCAAGAGAGGAAGAGGUGGUUUCAGGAUGGAAAAACUCAGCCUCCUUGUCUAGCAGAUGAGUUUGGAUCUCAAAAUUGUAUGUGCUCCCAUAACAAGAUGCAUAACUAAACUCCUUGGAACCAUGACUUGAAAUGGUCAUGAUUAUCAAGUAUGUUUUUGAUGCAAGAGUGACUCAAUAAAAUUUAUGAUCUAAAUCGAUCUAUAGUUUUCUAAUAAAUUUAUAUGUAUACUUUCUUUGUUGUGCUUUUACACGAAUGUUACUCAAUAAAAUUUGUAAUAUAGAGUCAUUUAGAGUUUUCAAAUCAAUUUUUAUGUA